UAAAGGAAUCCAAUGAAAAUGUUGUGACUCUAAAACAGCUGAAAAUAGAUUCAAGUGGAGAAUAUAAGUGCGAGGUUACGACAAAACGAUCCUUCAAAGCGUAUCAGUACUAUACUAAUCAGGGUAACCCGCCCCGGUUCAAUGUUAUCGAAGAGCAAGCACGGAUGCAGGUAGUUGAGAUACCCAAGGAGCCCCCUGUAAUAGGGGGUGGAGCAGCGUACUAUGCUAAUGGAGAUGAACUAAACCUUACAUGUACUUCCAACCCAAGCUAUCCUCCAACCACUCUCACAUGGUAUUUGAAUGGAAAUAAAGUCGGAAGCUCAAAGGAUGAUGAGGCAUUGUUAAAGAGAGAAGACGAUCUUUACAUUACAACUUCAUUUCUUAGAACAAAAGUACAGAACAGUUUGUUCAGGUAUGGAGAAAUUAGAGUUAAAUGUGUUGCUGAGCUCACAGAGGAACCCAUCAAGGCUCGAAUACAAGCUCCUGGAGAUGGGUUUCAUCUUAAUAUCCUAAAACUUCCAGAGGCAAUGAAACUAUCUACAGAAACCAUUUUUGACGUUCCAAUGUUUGGUGCUGGAAGAAUUCUGUCAUCUUGGUGUUUCCUUUGCAUUUUCUUCAGCCUGAUACCUCUCAGCGUUUAGUCAAUCCUUGCUCAAUAAACUUCUAGAAUCUAGAGGUUACAAUAUGCUUCUAGAAUCUAAAGUUUACAAGAUACUUCUAGAAUCUAAAGGUUAUAAUAUACUUCUAGAAUCUAGAGGUUAUAAUAUACUUCUAGAAUCUAGAGGUUACAAGAUACUUCUAGAAUCUAGAGUUUACAAUAUACUUCUAGAAUCUAGAGGUUAUAAUAAAAAUGAGAUUUUAUUAAAGCGUAGUGUCUAUUUACGAGUUUCCCACAUUUAGUAAAAUUGGAUGAAAUAAAGUUGUAAUAUUAAUGUUAUUUAUAUGUUUAAAGAAAUUGAACACUUGUCACAAAAUCUAAUCCCUCAACCUGAUGGUUUAAACCUUUAAUUGUUCAAACUUUACCACUCUUACUGAUCUAUUAGAAUUCAUCAUCCAAACCUUCAAAGGUCUAACAAACCAGGUUGCAAAGAAAUAAGGAGUUUUUGACAAGUGGUUUGCCUCAUCCCAAUAUGAAUUUCUAAAAUAUUAAUUUCAUAUCUGCAGAUUUAUAUAAAUUGUAACUAAAAUAUCACCCUUCACUGUAGAAACCCAACAUUUGUUUACUUUACAAGGCUUUUUCUUACAAAUAAUAGUUUUUACAGUGUUUAAUGUUUAUACCUUCUUUGUAGAGUCUCAUUUUUAUUCAUGUUAAAGUUUAUCACAAAGUAUUAUUUGAAGUUAUUUAUUAUUAAAUUGUUAAUAUAUUGUUAAAACAUUUCUCUUCCAAAUCUGAAAUGUAAAUUUUCUGAUUGGUUCCUUUUAAAAUUUUCUUAGUAAACCAUUUCGGUAGUGUUUUGACAAAAAUAAUUUAUUUCCAAUAUGCAUUGUUUCUCCUAAAAUUUGGUUUAUGAUCGUUAAUAUUUUAAAGGGCUCGAACUGUGAAAAUUCUUUUCAUGGAAAUCUAGAUUCGCUGUAAAUGUCAGUAUCUAUAUAUUAGGCAUAGUGCUGAGAUACCUUUCAGAAUUUGUAGAAAUCUCUGGAAUAUUUCGUGUUACGUACAUAAAUGCUUUUUUUCGGCUAUGCAAAAAGUUUACUUAACGAUGCUAGGAAAGUUUUAGUUAUCUAUGUUUUUAGAAAGUCAAACAAGUAUUAAUCUGUUUUUUUUAAUCUUAUAAUGCAUAAUGGCCCGACAAAAUGGUUAAAAACUGGAUAAAAUAAUAGUUUAACCAUUACUCAACCAGACUAUCAAUGAACGUUUGGAUGAUUUGGAAAUUCAAAAUUACUAUACCUUUUGAUAAUUUCAUAUUUCGGGAAUAUAUUAAUUGAAAUAAUUGUAAUAAAUUGACCAUCGUUCCUUUCCCCAAUGACAUCGUUACGAAAUGUAUUGUAUGUUAAACAAGAUGUUUUCAGAGCUGGGAACGUUUGAAUGAUCGAUUUCGGGAUUAAUGCUUGAUCCACUCUUUUUCUUAAUCAUGAGAUUAAAUAAUACUUGUUCUCCUCUUGUUAUUAAUCUCCAGAUUAAUUAACCUAUCGGAAUUAAGGAUAUCCCAUUCAAAAGUUUUCUGUUCAGAUCUUGAUUUGGUGCGUAAAGGUGGAAUAAAAAUAGGAAAGAUUAAAUCUAAUCACCCAAACCUAAAUUACCUUCUAUUUAAUCCGUCUUGAUGCGGAGAUAUGGCGGAAAAAUAAAUCCGAGUAAUUUCUCUUUUCCUUGUUAAAUUAAACCAAGGAACACUUUAUUUUCAUCAAUUUUUAUAAACUAUAUGUUUUUUUAACUUAAAUCAACAUUAAAUACAUCUGCGUUUCCUUCCAGCAUAUUAAACAAUUUUACAGACUUUAAAUUUUGUUUCAACUGACCAAAAUCUGAUUGUAUAUUCACGGUUUCUGAAAACAAUGUUAUAAAUGUGAUUUUGCCAAAAUGAAAAAUAUAUCCGAUAUAGUUACAAUUAAUCAUUUAUUCUAUGUUCCGGGCCUCAUUAUCCAUUACAAAUUAUGCCUAAAAUAUUCAUAUUUCAAACUCUGAUUUAGUUUAUGUCCUUUUCCCAUUGUAAAAACAAAAUGUGUUAAAACAAUGAAGAAUAUGCAUAAUACAGAUAGUUUAUUAUUAUUAUCAAUUAUUAUUUUCUCAGAUUAUAAAUAUAAACAUAUAUGAUAGAUAAGUAAAAUGGGGGUUGAGGGGGUAUGCGAUUGUUUUAGUCUGAACGGUUUCACCACGUACACAACUGGUCAAUUGCAUUGUUGGCCGAUACUCUGGAUUAAUUUAUAAGAGCCAUUUUCGACCGAGGGUCGCUGUUAAACAAGAUAGGGGCCGAGCGUUGCGUCAAUGUAAGAAAAAAUUGUUGUUUUUACUAAAAAUAAAAAAUAUA